GGAGCAUGCCUGGCUUAGCCACACACUCGCGGUCGUGACCCGAGAACGCGAUUUGGCCGUGAAGGAGAAGUGCCAGCUUCAAGCCAAGCUGGAGAACCUAGAGCAGGUGCUGAAGCACAUGCGAGAGGCCGCUGAGAGGCGGCAGCAGCUGGAGCUGGAGCAUGAGCAGGCCCUGGCGGUUCUCAACGCCAAACAGCAGGAGAUCGACCUUCUGCAGAAGGCUCAGGUUGAAGCUAAGAAGCAGCAUGAAGGUGCCGUGCAGCUGCUAGAGUGCAAGGUGCGGGAGCUGGAGGACAGGUGCCGGGCACAGAGCGAGCAGUUCAGCCAGCUGUCGCGGGGCCUGGAGGAGUUCCGGCGGCACGCGGGCAAGAUUGACCUGCUGGGUGGCAGCUCCGUGGCCUCCUUGGACGUCCCCUUGUCCCCCAGCAAGCCUUUCCCACAGUUCAUGAACGGACUGGCCCCCUCCAUUGGGUCAGGUCAGGAGAGUGCCUUCAGAAGCCGCACUGCGAUCGGGGACUACAUCCGGCCCCUCCCACUCGCCGGGGACAAGCCGGAGCCUCUGUCCAUCAAGCCCACCUUUCUGUCAAGAUCUGGGAGCCCAAGAUGCAGAUUUGAGUCAGACAUGGACAAUGAACGGAAUGCCAACCCCUCCAAGCAGAGAUAUUUGGGGAAGGUGCACCUGUGUGUCGCCCGCUACAGCUACAAUCCCUUUGACGGCCCAAAUGAGAACCCAGAGGCCGAGCUGCCGCUCACGGCGGGGAAGUACCUCUAUGUCUACGGGGACAUGGACGAGGACGGCUUCUAUGAAGGUGAGCUCCUGGACGGGCAGAGGGGUCUGGUGCCCUCCAACUUCGUGGACUUUGUCCAGGACAGCGAGUCCCGCCUAAGUACGCCGGGCACCGAACUGGGUCAGAAUUUCAUCAACCACUCUGGCCUCGGCCUGGACGGGGAGACCAUUCUUGACCUGCACUCCCCGACUCACCUGGACGCGGGCAUCACCGACAACGGCGUGGGGACGCUGGACAUGAACAUCGAUGACGUCGGAGAAGACAUCGUGCCUUACCCUAGGAAAAUCACCCUCAUCAAACAACUCGCCAGAAGUGUCAUUGUGGGCUGGGAGCCCCCGGCCGUGCCACCGGGGUGGGGCGCCGUGGGCGGCUACACCGUGCUGGCAGACCAGGAGCCGCGCCUGCGCCUCCCGCCCACGGGCAGAACUAAGGCCCUGAUCGAGAAGCUGGACGUGGCGGCCCGCACCCACCGUGUGUCCGUGCAGUGCCUGACGAGCAGGGGCAGCUCAGACCCACUGCGGUGCACGCUGCUCGUGGGCAAGGACGUGGCGGUGGCCCCCUCCCAGCUGCGGGUGGAUGGCAUCACCCAGGUGUCCGCCCGGCUCUCCUGGCUGCCCACCAACAGCAACUACAGCCACGCCAUCUUCCUCAAUGAGGAGGAGCUGGACGUGGUCCAGGCAGCCAGGUACCAGUACCAGUUCCUCAGCCUCAGGCCCAACACGGCCUACAAGGUCAAGGUCCUGGCCAGGCCCCACCAGGUGCCGUGGCAGCUUCCCCUGGAGCAGAGAGAGAAGAAGGAGGCCUUCGUGGAGUUCUCCACGCUGCCCGCAGGUCCUCCGGCUCCCCCACAAGAUGUCACCGUCCAAGCUGGGGCCACCCCAGCCACCGUGCACGUCGCCUGGAAGCCGCCGGCCCUGACUGCCACCGGGCUGUCCAACGGGGCCAACGUUACGGGCUAUGGCGUGUAUGCGAAAGGGCAGAGGGUGGCCGAGGUCAUCGCCCCCGCGGCGGACAGCACGGCUGUGGAGCUGGUGCGGCUGCGGAGCCUGGAAGCCAAGGGCGUGACCGUGCGGACCCUCUCUGCCCAGGGCGAGUCUGUGGACUCCGCCCUCGCUGCCAUCCCCCCUGACCUUCUGGUGCCUCCAGCCCCCCCAAGAACUGCUCCCUCACCGAAGCCAUUAGCAAGUGCCGCAGUCCCCGAUACCAAAGAUGACCGCCCGGGACCCCCUGUCCACGUGGACGAGGCCUGGGAGCAGGGCCGGGCGCCUUCCCACGGGCACAUGCUGGAACCCCCCAGCCCGCAGGGGCGGCGGUCCCCCUCGCCCAGCCGCGUCCUCCCGCAGCCUCAGGGGGCCCCUGUGUCCACCUCCGUCGCCAAGGCCAUGGCCCGGGAAGCUGCGCAGAGAAUGGCCGAGAGCAGCAGGUUAGAGAAAAGGAGCGUCUUCCCAGAGAGGAGUGGCCAGUACGCCGACUCCGACGAGGAGGGCGGCUACGAGUCCCCAGGUGUCAGGAGGAGGGGCACGUCGGUGGACGACUUUCUGAAAGGUUCCGAGCUCGGCAAGCCGCCUCACUGUUGCCACGGAGACGAGUACCACACGGAGAGCAGCCGGGGCUCGGACCUCUCGGACAUCAUGGAGGAGGACGAGGAGGAGCUGAGCUCGGAGAUGCAGCUGGAGGGUGGGGGCCGGCGGCGGCCCAGCGGCACGUCGCCCAGCGCCCUCAAGGAGCGCCCUAAGCACAGGACCUCUGAAGGGGCUUUCCUGGAGCGGCCCGCGCGCCCCCCGCAGGCCCCGCACAGCAGCAGGCUGUUCAGUAUCCCCGAAGUAGUGGAGGAGGACGCGGAGCGCUGUGAGUUCCUGCACAGACAGGGCUUAGGGUGCUCGUCCCGGACCCGGGGGCCCGGGGCCCCGCAGAGCUCCCGGUUUCCUGUGACACCCAGGGGCCCCGCAGCCGGGCCCCACACCGAAGACGUCCUUCUUGAAGACAGAGGCUGUCGGGUCAGCCGCGCGGCCGCCAGGAGCCCGGACAGCGGCCUGGACUGCGGGAGUGAAGAGGAGGACCCGCGGUGGAGCUCCAGACGCCCGGCCGCCCCGCGCAGCCCGGGCCCCGGGCCCUGUCCCUGCAGGAGCCUGAGGCCCCUGCUGGCCCGGCGGCGGACGCUGACCCGGCAGAGCAGCGUCGAAGAGGACUUCGGGGAGCAGGUGGAGCCCGGCACCCUUGUCAGGAGUGAUGACGCCCCCCCGAGCCCCGAGAGGCCUGCCCCUAGGACGUCUGGCUGGGACCAGCCCGUGGGCCCUGAUGUCUGGAAGAAAAGCCUAAAAGCGCCCCCCAGCAGGGCGACCGCCCAGCACGCACAGGCUCCCCCCCGAGUGGCCGAAGGCCCCGCGAUUUUAGGAAACCCCGCAUCUGCAGGACGGGCUGACCAGCUGGACUCCGUGGGCCGGAGGUUCCCCCACGGCAGCGCCGGCCCCCGGAGGCCCCGGCCCGGGGCAAGCCCCUCCAUCGAUGAAUACAGCGACCGAGAUCGGCUUUCCCCUGACUUCUAUGAGGAGUCCGAGACCGACCCCGGAGCCGAGGAGCCCCUGGCCCGCAUCUUCGUGGCCCUGUUUGACUACGACCCCCUGAGCAUGUCCCCGAACCCCGACGCUGCGGAGGAGGAGCUGCCCUUCAAGGAGGGGCAGAUCAUCAAGGUCUAUGGCGACAAGGAUGCCGAUGGCUUCUACCGCGGCGAGACCUGUGCCCGGGUCGGCCUCAUUCCCUGCAACAUGGUCUCUGAGAUCCACGCCGACGAUGAGGAGAUGGUGGAGCAGCUCCUCAGACAAGGCUUCCUGCCUCUCAAUGCGCCCGUGGAGAAAAUGGAGAGGACCAGAAGGAGCGGCAGGCAGCACCCCGCGUCCACGCGCAGAAUGGUGGCCCUGUACGACUACGACCCGAGAGAGAGCUCGCCCAACAUCGACGUGGAGGCUGAGCUCACGUUCUGCACGGGCGACAUCAUCUCUGUUUUCGGUGAAAUCGAUGAAGACGGGUUUUACUACGGGGAGCUCAACGGGCAGAAAGGCCUCGUGCCCUCGAACUUCCUGGAAGAAGUGCCUGACGACGUGGAAGUCUAUCUCUGCGAUGCCCCGUCCCCCCACGCACGGGACACGCCGGCGCGCUCCACGGCGAAACGGGUUCCUCCUGAGGGGGCAGGUACAGCAAGGAGAGCACCAUCCCCCACAGCCCAUCUCCAUUCGGGGUCACCUACGUCAUCUGUGGGUACUGGUAGUCCUGGGAGAGGCAGGGAAAUGUCCUCGAAAAAGAAAAAGGGGCUGCUUUUCAAAGGCAAGAGACUGCUGAAAAAGCUGGGCGCGGUGAAGUGAGUCACGGCUGCGGACGACCUCCGACCCUGAGCGAUGUCCUUUAA